ACUUCCUCUUUCCCGAUUUCCUCUUUUUUCUUUUCUGAUUUUUCUUCCUUCUUUUCUUCCGCUGUUCAUACUUUCUUUCUUCUACUUCACCAUUUUUCUAUUUUGAUGGAGGGGGAUCCUUCAGAAUUUGUUAUUAUAGCUCCAGUUACCCCAGAUAUUGCCGAGAUGAGGGUGGAUCUUAUUGUCAAAGGUGAUCCAAAAAUUUCUCCAGUUGUUGCCGAGGCCAUGACCGUUUCUCCUUCUGUUGUUAAUAAUUCUGUUCUUGCCUCUAUUAGUUCAAAAGCGAGCCUUUCCAAAUCAGAGUAUGCCCAUUACCCCUCCUUUUCCAAUGGGGUUUCCUACAAUUUUGUCUUCACAAGAUGACAAAUCUAGUCAUUUUGGCCUUUUGUUGAACCUGCAUAUAAGGACAUAUAUUUUUGGAAAAACAUUUGGGUUACACUCUUUUGAUGUUUCUUUAUCUAUUAUGGAUGUUUUAGUUUUGUUUUGUUAUAUUUGGAUCUUAUAUAUAUAUAUAUAUAUCUACAUUCUUAUGUUGCGGUGCUUUGGUUUUGUGUUUGGAAAACAUCUGCUUGCUGAAUAGAUGCUCUAUUUUUAA